AUGGACCAGAGCAAAGAUGCAGACCAAGACAUUGGUAAUUCCUACAUGUACCACCCGUAUGGAGGUGUCGAUCCCUAUGGUGCCUACCCACGCCAGCCAGUGACCCCAAGCAUGCUUUAUGCGUACGCUCGUAUGAGAGGGCCCCCCGACACUCGACAAGUUGACCCGCUGAUGUACACUCUUUACCCAACCGCUGUGCGAGCAUUUGACCAGCAAGGUUGCUUGCCACCACCUUUGCAGUUUUGCUACCCUGCAGAGGACGAUCUUGAGGAAUUUCCGAAAGGCACAAAGUUCUACUGGGAACCGAUCAUAACAACUCUCCGGCCAUUUGAGAUGCAACCAGAAACAAUGGCUGAAGCCCCUAAGCCGCAAGCAAAAUGCCUCACUUAUGAUGAGUUCAUCAAGGAGAACCCCCCAACUAUAGGUAAAAAUCAUUAUAAAGGCGAUGAUGUCUAUGCAAACUUCGGUUACGUCUGCAUUAAUGGCAAAUGGGUCGAUCCGGACAGUGAAGGUGAACUGUACAAGGCGUAUAUGGGAUCCUCUGACGGCCCGUAUGCAGCAGCGGGUCUUAGAGAUCUUCGAAACUCUCAAGCUCCUGGCCCUCGUAUCAUGUCUGCCGAGGAGCAAGAGGCAUUCUACAAAGAGAUGGCUGAUGACGACGACGGGCAAGGCGACCAUCGAGACUCGCGUAUAGACCCAGCAACUUUCGCUCGCUGGGCUGAGGGUGCUGCUCAAGCAGAUAAGUAUGAAGAGAGAGACAUGCCAGCCCAGAUGGAGAUCCCGGAGGAUUUGUAUUCUGAUAAUACGGAGCGAGCUAUUCCCCCUAUGAUUCAAGCUACCCUGCAGUUUGACGAGGAAAUGGGUGGUAGGCUCUCUGGAGUUUACGACCUGGAGGAGAGUCCCAAGAUGGUGAAGAAUCCCCAUGGCUAUCUUGACAUGAUUGCUCGACCCUUGACCUUCACUUGGAUGAAUCCACAAGCUGCUCUUCGGCUCGACAAGGAAGCAUUUGGCAUUCACGGAGAAGAUCAUGAAGAUCUGAACCCGCCCGUUUUAGGUGCUUCCCUGGUAGAACGCCUCACAUCCGAAGCCGCAGCACUCAGUCUUGCGUCAUUGGCCGACCCAGCUACAGCUAAGGCUGAAUACCUGAAGACCAAAGACUAUGUUUUCGGGCUUCGAAGCAAAUUUGAAGAGGGGAUGAUCACAAACAAACAAAUUUCUAGUGCUGUCGGUAAAGCUGCUAUGGAACGCCUCCUACUUACCCAGCACGCCACCAUGAUGCGAGCACAGGUUGAUGCUAAUAUGAAGGAGAAGGAAGCAGCACAUCUUGAUCUCCAGAGGAAGCACAAGGGAUUUGCACAGCGGGUACUGGAUCGUACUCGGCAGUCCAAGGCCGAGCCCUUAGCUGAUCAAACCCGAGGCCCUGACUACAAGAGAUAUAUCUCAGAAGCAGUUCUGCGUGAGCAAGUUGCUAUUGCCAGGGUCGACAAGUCCAAUAAGCGUCUCACUUCGGAUUUGGAGGCACUCACGAAGGAAGUAGAAGCACUGAAGCUUGAGCACCACCAACUCGUUGCGGCUUUACAGCAAGAUUAUAGUGAAGAAAGUGACGGCUAUGCAUAUCUGCAUGAUGGAACCUUUGGCAAAUCUCUUUAG